CCAACCCAUUUAGGGCGGAGGGAACGAUGUUCUGAGUUUUCUGUCCUCAUUGACGUUCCCGAGUCCAGAGCCAAUGAAAGCGAGGCGUGGGCGAGGCUUAGGCGGGAAGAUGGUGGCGGCUUCUUUUGCAGUAUUGUAUGAACGUCUGCAGGAACUGGGCUGCCCUGCCCUUGAGGGUGUCUUCUUAUCAGAGGCUGAAGAUAUACAGAAGUUGCUAUGCACCCCUUCAUCCCAUCGCCUGGAUAUAUUGGAAUGGAUUUGCACCAGUGUGUAUCCACCCCUCAAAGAACAGUUUUCAUCUCUCAAAGAAUCGGAGUCAGAUUUAAAAAUAAAAGGGAUGGCCAAGCUGGGGUAUGAGCUGACACUUUGCCAUGCAAAUGACCUGGACCUCAUCCAGGGAAAAGCCUCUGCUCAGAAGCAGCUCCGCUUCCUGGAACAACUAGUGGCUGUAAUUCCAGCUGUAUCUGACUCUAGCACUUGUUCCAGCCCUGAAGAAUCUUUACUGGAGAUGGUUUGUAAGAAUGGGGAGUUCAUGAAACAGGUUUUUUGCAGCCCUGACCUGCAGGCUGUGUUGAAUCCACAGUGUCAUCCCUGGAGCUCGGACAUCAAGCAUUUACUGGCAGAUGAAGAAGUAUUGCAUAAAAGGCCCCUCCUAUCAGAAAUGUCUCAUGAAAAGACAAUUAAAAAUGAGCUGAAGAAGCUGGAAGACACAGUGGCAGCUCUGAAAGAUCUGAAAGCUCAGUGUCCUUUCCUACAGGAAGACCUGGGUAUGGCAGAUGCAUCCCUUGACAGUGCCACAACUCUGCAGACUCUCAAGCUGAUUGCUUCUGACUUCAGCCAGCUGCUCCUGGCCUUUGAGCAGGUGUACGAGAGUGAGCUGCAGAAGAACAGUGAACAGCGAGUUCUUAAGCUGAGCCCCUGCGGUCCCCUCUUCCAAGAUGUGCACGAGAGCUUGACACUUUGUGUGCAGGAAUUGCAAAGUCUGGCUCAGGUUACAGAAACCUCUUCCUAUGUUAUGGAAACAGAGAAGCAGACACAUGGAGAGAAGGUGUUUUGGAGCGGCAGUGUCAAAUCCUCAUUGUCUUCAAAACUUGAAGAAUUGAAACAGAAGUACAAGACUAUCCAUGCCAUACUGAAGGACUGCUCAUGAUCCUGAAUGCGAAUGAACUGUAAAUCAUUGGGAAAUAUGGAAAAAAGAAGUGUCACUAUGGUUGUAGUCCCAAAUGUAAAUAUAAAAUUCAUUAAUUUUUUUGUCGAACAUUAAAAUAUAUUUUCACUCUCA